UUUUUUUUUUCGGAGAACCAAAAAAUGUCAACUACCUUUCCAGGUCUCGUCCACGAUGCAGAGAUACGUCACGAUGGAUCAAACAGUUACCGCUUGAUGCAGCUGGGAUGCCUGGAGUCUGUGGCCAACUCGACCGUCGCCUAUUCCUCCUCUUCUCCGCUCACUUACUCUACCACGGGCACCGAGUUCGCCUCCCCGUACUUCUCCACUAACCACCAGUACACCCCCCUGCACCACCAGUCCUUCCACUACGAGUUCCAGCACAGCCACCCGGCCGUCACCCCUGACGCCUACUCCCUCAACUCCCUGCACCACUCGCAGCAGUACUACCAGCAGAUCCACCACGGGGAACCCACCGACUUCAUCAACCUGCACAAUGCGCGGGCGCUCAAGUCCUCCUGCCUGGACGAGCAGAGGAGGGAGCUGGGCUGCUUAGAUGCUUACCGCCGCCACGACCUGUCUCUUAUGAGCCAUGGGUCCCAAUAUGGGAUGCAUCCACCCGUACCCUCCCCGUUUUCCUCUGCUCAGAAUAGCUCUCGUAGCUCAGUGGAGGCCCAAUGUGGACUUGUACUGAACGGGCAAGGAGGUGUGAUAAGAAGAGGUGGUACCUGUGUGGUCAAUCCCACCGACCUGUUCUGCUCUGUACCUGGGCGCUUAUCUCUACUCAGCUCCACUUCUAAAUACAAAGUGACCAUUGCAGAGGUGAAGAGGCGUCUUUCACCACCAGAAUGCCUCAAUGCUUCUCUCUUAGGAGGUAUUUUGAGAAGGGCAAAAUCCAAGAAUGGAGGACGCUGCUUGCGAGAAAAAUUAGACAGACUGGGACUGAAUUUGCCUGCAGGAAGACGAAAAGCAGCAAAUGUCACACUCCUGACCUCUUUGGUAGAAGGGGAAGCGUUACAUUUGGCCAGAGAUUUCGGCUACACCUGUGAAACAGAAUUCCCUGCCAAGGCGGUAGGAGAGCACAUUGCCAGACAGCACAUGGAACAGAAAGAGCAGACAGCAAGGAAAAAGAUGAUCCUAGCGACAAAACAAAUAUGUAAAGAAUUCCAAGACCUUCUGAGUCAAGACAGAUCACCUCUUGGAUCCUCCAGACCAACUCCAAUAUUAGACCUCGACAUCCAGAGACAUUUAACACACUUCAGUUUGAUCACUCAUGGUUUUGGAACUCCUGCAAUAUGUGCUGCCCUAAGCACUUUCCAAACUGUUCUCAGUGAAAUGCUGAACUACUUGGAAAAGCACACAUCGCACAAAAACGGAGGAGCGGCGGAAUCUGGCCAAGGACACGCCAACUCGGAGAAAGCCCCCCUGCGGAAAACUUCAGAGGCUGCUGUGAAAGAGGGCAAAACAGAAAAGACAGACUAGCUACAUCAAACAGAAUCUAUUUCAAGAGAGUCUUGCUGCUGAUAUUUUUUUUAAAUAUAUAUAUCAUUGAGGGUGAUUUAUCUCCAGGGGACUAAAUCCAAAAAAGGGGGGAAAAAAAAGAAAAAAAAGAGAAAAAAGAAAAAAAAAGAAGAUAAAAAGAGAAAGAUGAAAAGAGAGAGAAAGAGAGAGCGUGAGAGAGGAAAGUAUUCAACCCUAAGAACAGCAGUGUAUAGUAAAUGUGUGAUGAAGUUGUCACUUUUUAAAAUUUCUGUUGCUCUAAACUACUUUUUCGUGCACGUAGUAUUUAAUUGUUCUGAAUGAUACACUAACACUGUUUUUUAUAAGCACUUCUGGACUUGGCUGAGGUGGCAGAUGAGAUUUGUCACAGGCUAACUUGAGGCACUUUCUUCUCCGGCAGCAUAGUUAGGGCCUGAACAUCCAUUGUGGGGGACACAGCUCCAGCAUAAUGGCUUUGCUCACAUGCUGGCUAGAUUGAAAGAAGGGCUUCCUCUGAUCCAUCAGAAAUGCCUGAUCCACUCACCACUGGGAAACAUCAUGGAAACCUGGCAAGAGAGGAAUCCUUGGGUCGUGGGACAAAUGAACUAUUCAGUGUGGGGGCUGCGUAUCCCCACAUGGGAAUGUACAAUAAAGCUGCACUGGAACGAGGCCAGAACCUGCUAGGAAACUGUCCUGAUCGAUGAAGAAGCAGCCAUGAUGUCUCUUGCAAGAGGAGCCUCAUAGACUAAAGUGAAAAAACAUUGAUAGUUUCAGUAAGAGCCCUGAUCCCUGUGUGAACUUCAGAUUAAAUGACAGCAUGGGCUUCUGUCCUCUAUCUUCUCGAUCCCUGAUCCCACAACACUACAGUCUGCCACAUCUGGGUCUCUGUUCAAUCGGAUCAAUGCAAGCAAUUGGAGUUACCUUUUGUGUUGCCUUGAUUUUAUGAUACUUUUUUUCUUCAGUAACUUGUUUCUGCAACUUUAUUGUCUUCAGAAAUCCAGCCAAGGUGCAGAGGUUCAACAGAACGCACUCACUUACAGAAAAAAGUAAAAUAAAAUAAACCAAAAUGACAACCAAGACAGAUUGGCUUGGUCCACAGCAGCUAAAGGGUUAAUAACCUAGCUCCUGUACUUCUGAAAUAUUACUUUACUAUUUACCACACAUCCUCAUAAGGAGAAUAUUUGAGGCAUACUUUGAGCUCAAGCCUUCUAGAGCCCAGAGGCUUUUUCCAGCCACAUUCUAGCUUACCCUUCAACAGGGCUUUUAUUCCAUUCCUUUUCUUGUUUGUCUGAUAACACUUUAUUGAGAAAGUUAGGAAUGUUUGAUAUUAUAAAGUGGGUUUAUGCUGGCCACCUAAUCUCCCUCUAAAAUCAGCAGAGGCACAACCGUUCUUCCAAAGGACAGCGCAUCUCAUGCUACAGUAAGAUAACAUGUAGUUGUCCCCAUGUAAGUGUUUAGCACCAUUUGAGAUAUUUUAGGAUAUCUAAGACAGCCACAGGGUUUUGGCAGGUAUGACAUGAAGCCUACAGGAGAUAAGGACACUCCUGGAGCAGGAACUGGAGUAUCCCAGGAGUUAGCACUAGACAGAUACCUAAGGGUAGCCAACUGAGCGUUGCACCAGGUGUCUAAGACAGGUGGGAGGAAUCAUAUGAAAGUGCCUGUCUCUCCACAGGAAAUAGCUGGAAUUUAAUGGUGGCAUUUUCUGUUGCACAUAACUACAGCUGAACUAGUCAUCCUCCUCUCCCUAUAAUUAGUGGAGAGGAAAAGGCACUUAUAGGGUGCCGAUGAAUCUCAUCACAAAGUAAAGAUGAAUCAUGCCCUGGAAGUAUGUAUUUUUCUCAAGCAGAUAUAACGGAAGGUGAGGAUAAAAGUAUUCAUACACAAAUGACUACAUUGCAUAUUUCUAGAGCUAGUUAAGAUGGGUUACAUCUUGGAUGAUCAGCUUUAAAUUUACAAACCUGGGGGAUGUAAAGACUAUUCAAGGGCACUUGCAGCUAUGAUGUACGGAACUGAAUUAACAAGGUCAGCCAUACCUUCCAAAGGUGUGGAAGGAAAUAGAGCAAUUAUGGCAUAAUGCUGUUCCUCUUGACAUGAGCAGGGAGCCAUCAAUUUGGAAAUAUAUUAGGAGUUAAAAGAGUCCCUAUCUGAUCGUGUAAGGAAAUCUGCAAAAUAAAUGGAACUCUCUAGUUUAGCCCAGAUUUGUCCUGCUUAUUGUAGGUAUAUAAUUGAGACACUUACUUUAGUGCAACUGAUCUAGGCUAUCUCUGUAUGCAAUGAGGGAAGUAAAUGUAUCUCCAUGGGACUCCACCUUCCUCACUCACUGAGAUCAGCUAAGUGCCUAACAGAAUUUAACCUUUACUGAAUGAAUUUUUCACUUCAGCACCUGUGGAAAAGUGCUAAAAUCAAAUGAUAUCGUCAACAGAAGCAUUCUGGAGUUGCUAUAGAACGUGAGAUAUGUGCGUGUGAAAGUAGGUAAUCACUGCUUGAAAGUGAAAAGGAAACUCGUACUUCUGUUUCUAGUGCCACAGACUGAGGAGGAGAAAAGGAGAGGGGAAAUAUUUAAAAUGUUUGACUGUUUCAGGUACAUAGAUAUGCCAUAUAAAAAUGUAUUUAAAGCAAUUUGAUUGUGAUCCUCUACUUUAAAACAUGAAGAAAUUUAAAUCAGAUUUUGAUAGCCGAAAAAAAGAAGAAAAAAUUUAAAAAUUCAUUUUCAAUUUUUUUUCACUAAAAUAUCAAACUCCUGGAGAAAGGGGGAAUUGCUCAUCGUGUAGAUUAUUCUGCAGAAGUGUUGAGAAAGCAGAAUUAUUUUAUUAUUAUGUUCAAAUAUCUGAUCUCAGAAAUAAUACGUAUACUGCAUUAUUUGAAAUAUUCGUCUAUUCAGGAUACAUUCCAAAGUCCUCGUGACGAUGUGUUUAAAGACUUACAUCUUCUGUUGUUGCACAAUCACUGUUAACCUCUGCUCUUCAAGUAACAAAUUAUUUUUAACAUGGAUUACCCUUUGAUCUAUUAAUAGUAAUGAAGCUGAGCGCUGCUGAAGCCCCAGAACGUCCAAUUUUUGCCCUAUUGACCUCUACAGAUUUUUAGGAAGAUUUCAGGAUAGACCUGAUUCAGGCUGAUUUAACUCCCCGAGAUUCUUAUCAUUAAGAAGCUAUCUGCAUUUGCAUCCUGGUCUUUCCCUUGUUUUUCCUUUAAUAUCUUAGCACCUUUUGAAAGCAAAAUCCUUUUAAAAAGGUAGCUGCAAGGUUUGCUGACAUUCACAUGCUCUCUGUUAUUUAUUUUUAAUAGAAGAUAUGUAAUUAAUUUUAUUGAGACAAAAAAUAAUUAUUAUAGCCUCUUCUGUUGAACUACCUGUCAAAGCACCCUGGUGCAAAAAUGUCUUUGGUUUUUGAAACUGGAACUUUCAGUGGACUUUUAAGCAAUGAAUUCACUGAUGUUCCUCUGAAAAUUUCAGCCUAGGUUCUUAUCCACUUUCCACAUAUACAAACACAACAUACCCAAUUUUUUUUUUCUAUUUUUAGUCUUUGUCCCUGUGGAAACAUUUCUGUCUCAGAACACAUUCAUGAAUUAGAUCAGUCUGAAGGAAGGAAACUUCAUGAUUUGAAGUUCCUGGUUGGCAAAUUCAAAAAUAUAUGUGGCUUUUUGACUUUGAAAUAAAUCUGGUCUGAAAAAAGGUCUCCCUUUGAGAUAUCAUGAAACUGUUUAUUCCAUUCAGGUCAAAAAAUCUAGGGAGUGCAGAAAAGUGUCCAAACCUCCAUCCUCAAAGCAGUGAAUCAUUAGGGGUUUUUAAACUUCAAAACUAGAUACAUAGGUCAAGUGCUGACUGAGUAUUUAGAUCCUGUUGUACUUCAGCCUAUUGCCCAACUUGGUAUGCUUAACCGUAUUGCAGCUUUCCCACCGCGGAUCUCAAAACACAAUUAGUAGGUCCCAGCACCUCCCUUAUAUGCUAUAUUUUGGUGCUAUUUAUUAGGAUCAAAAGCCCUAAUGCAUUUGACUCACAAAGACCAACUAUUGCUACUUUAACUUAUUAGUAACCUACUCAUCAAGUAAACUCACUGAUUAACCACAUGCGUAGAGCAAGGUGUUAUUCACAGUGAAUAAAGUGAGCGUAAAUAGCACCUAUACUGACUAAGUUUUGAAGGUGAGCUUCUGGUAAAGCAAGGGGUGACAUUCUCACUUCCAGCCUCAGUCCUAAGUUUUGGACCUCUGCUCACACUAACUUUCAUUAGUACCAUUUAACAGUAGAGAAAUGUAGCAAAGGGAGAGUUUUGUGUAGAUGGCAAGAGAACUGGAAAGCUAUUCAUACAGCUGGUAAAGGGGAGUGAACCACAGACAAGCAGUGAUGAUCCUGCUACCUACAGCUGAAGACUGUCAAGAGUUUUGUCCUUCUUGCUGCAAUACAGAGCAAUUUGCUGCCAUCUGAAACCCUAAUUCCUUCCAGGUGUCAAUCUGUUGCCUUGGAGAACUUGCACAAGGGAUGAAUUUGGACUUCUUUCCUCUUUUUAAAGAUAAACUCCAACAUCCAUUGGGAAAAGACUUCAGUUCUCCAAACCAACAAGGAACCCGUUCUUUGAAGCUUCUCUUUAACUUUUGCUAAAAGUAAAAGAAAAUCUGCUACAAAGCAAGCACAAUGUAUAGUCCUUCCAAAUCCUGGACCUCUGUGUAAAUACUUCGCCAGCUCAUCUCUUCCUUUGAACAUGACUCACUGGCACAGCUGUGGCUCACCGUUUUGCAGCAAAGCUCAAAAGGGGCUGCUUUAGUGUCGUAAGAGCCACCUUCUCUAACUGCUUUUCUUUUUCCUCACACCAAUAAACAUUUUUUGGUCUUAGAUAUCUUGGGUAUCCAAAAGGGCUGCUGAUGAAUUUGAAGGUCAUCUGACUUUCUUUUACCCUUUGGAGAGAUAGCUCUGCUGCUCUAAUUAUAUAUUUUUAAGGGCAAGAAAAAAACAGCAUUAAUAGAAAACACAAGCCUGCAACACAAGGAAAAUCAAUGAACACAAUUAUACAGGAACUGUAAUUAUAAAAAUAUCCUCUGCCUCUGACCUCAUUACAAGACUUCAGCUAUAGCUGUGUGGGGAAUGGGAAAGAGAGGAAUAUAAUGUUAUUUUCCUUUGCCAGAUGAAGGUCAUUUGGAUAGGUCUGAUAUUUUUUAUUGUUAUUCUUUUCUUUUAUUUAUUUUGUACAAUUAAUUUUGUUCUGUACAGCAGCUGUUGUGAUUGUAUUUAAAUGUGAGUGCGCACUUGGUCACCAACAAAUGACGUCCUAUUUAAUGGUUUGGAGUUCUGUUUUUUUUUUUUUUUCAUUCCACUUAUUUUAACUUAAUUUAUAAUUCAGUGGUGAAGAACAUAAUCUUUUAUAUUUCUAUUUCCUAUACAAGCUACCUGUUUUACAUGAGUCUAUGAAGAAAAUGACCACAUUUGAUUGAACAUUUCACGGCAAUAAAAUCUAUGUUGAUUUAA